GCAGAUUGCUUUGGCAGUGUGAAGUAUCUACUUGCUUCAAGCAGGCUUCAAUCCUACCAGUACCCAAUGGGGUAACCUGCCUUAAUGACUAUUGUCCUGUAGCAUUUCAUCCACAGUGAAGUCCUUUGAGAGAUUGGUCAUGAAGCAUAUCAACUACUGUCUGAGCAGAGACUUGGAAUCUCUUCAAUUUGCCUGUCAUCCCAACAGGUCAACAGCAGAUACCACUCUAGAACAGCUCUGGAACAUCUAGAUAAUGAAGGUGCUUACAUCAGGAUGAGCUUCAUUGACUACAGCUCCGCAUUCAAUACUAUCAUCCCCUCAAAACUCAUUACUAAUCUCCAAGUCCUAGACCUUGAUACCUUCCUGUACAAAUGGAUCCUCAAUUUCCUCACUGCAGACUCUAGUCAGUAUGGAUUGGCAACAAUAUCUCCUCCACAAUCAACAUCAGUACAGGCACACCACUAGGCUGUGUGCUUAGCACCCUGUUCUACUCGCUUUAUACCUAUGAAUGUGUGGCUAAGUACAGCUCCAGUGCUAUGUUUAAGUUUGUUGUUAGCCAAAUCAAAAAUGCUGGCGAAUCGAUAUAUAGGAGGGAGAAUAAGAAUCUGGUUGAAUGUUAUCACAACAAUAUCUCCUCACUCAACGUCAGCAAAAUCAAAGAGCUGAUGAUUGAUUACAGUAGAAAGAAGCCAAAGGUCCAUGAGCCAGUCCUCAUCAGGGGAGCAGAGGUGGAGGUCUGUAACUUCAAAUUCCUUGGCAUUACCAUAUCAGAGACUCUGCCCUGGAAAUGGUGUGCAGGUGCCAUCACAAAAAAAAAGCAUGACAGUACUUCUACUUUCUUUGAAGUUUGUCUAGAUUUGGCAUGUCACCUGAAAUUUUGAUGAAUCGCUAUAGAUGCAGAGUUGGAGAGUGCCCGGAUAUGGAAACACCAGUGCUUAAAAUGCAAUGCAGAGCCUCACAUUGAUUACACUGACAACGCCUUAAAAAUUUGCAGUUUCUGCCAUCAAGGACAGGGCAACAGGCACAGCGAAUAUUAUCACCUUGAGAUUUGUCUCCAAGACACACACCGUCCUGAUUUUAAAAUACAGAUUGUAGCAGUUCCUUUACUGGAAGUUCAACAACCUUUUCAAAGUUUCAGGAGGGAUAAGAUCAGUAUGUAUUGCAGUUAGUGAAAGGAAGAUAACACAUCUUUUUAAUCAAAGGAAGAUCUCCUGUAACAACGUAGAGAUGGAGGAAGAUAUGAUAUUAUCAAUGCUGAAGUGGUGGCAACAUCAGAUGUUCGAGACUACAGAGCAAGCUAUGGUUCUUUGAAACAAGUCUGGGAGAUGAACUAUCAGGAAGCAGCAAUCUACUUGCAGGAGGGAGAAAAUAACGACAAGUUUUUCACACACCCAAAAGAUCAAAAAGCCCUUGGAGCCUACCUCUUUGUGCAUAAUCACACAUUCUACGUGAUGGAGUUGAUUUCUGGAUUACUGCUGUUGAUACUCUCAAUGUGCGAGGCGCCAGCUGUUCCCUCACUCCGACUGGACAUUUAUGUGCAUGCCACACUGGAGCUACUUGCACUUCUCACAGUGGUGUUUGAGCUUGCUAUGAAGAUGAGAUGGUUGGGUUUUCAUACCUUUAUUAGACAUAAAAGAACUAUGCUGAAAAGUUCAGUCUUGUUUGUACAGUUUGUAGAAGUCAUUGUGGUAUUAAUCAGACAGACCUCACAUGCCCGGGUGACACGAGCUUUGCGACCUAUCUUUCUGGUAGACUGCAGAUAUUGUGGUGCUGUGAGAAGAAAUUUGCGCCAAAUCUUCCAGUCUCUUCCUCCCUUUAUUGACAUUUUAUCACUCCUACUAUUCUUCAUGGUCAUUUUUGCUGUUUUAGGUUUUUAUUUGUUUUCUGCCAAUCCAUUGGAUCCAUAUUUUAGUACUCCAGAAGACAGCCUUGUCAGCUUGUUCGUUCUUCUAACUACAGCUAAUUUUCCAGAUGUGAUGAUGCCAGCUUAUUCCAAAAAUGCUUGGUCCUGUGUAUUUUUUAUUGUGUACUUAUCCAUCGAACUCUACUUCAUCAUGAAUCUGCUUCUUGCUGUGGUGUUUGACACAUUUAAUGAUGUUGAAAAGAAGAAAUUCAAAUCACUGCUUUUGCACAAACGAUUAGCAAUAGAGCACGCCUUCAACCUUCUGGUCAGCAAACGGAGGCCUAGUGGCAUUUCCUUCAAACAGUUUGAGGGCUUGAUGAGAUUCUAUAACCCAAGAAUGAGUGCUAGAGAUAAAUAUCUCCUUUUCAAAGCACUGAAGAAAAGCAAUACAGAGUUACUUGGAAUAGAAGAUUUUUACAACUUCUAUGAAGUUACUGGAUUAAAAUGGAAAGCAAAAAGAAGUGGAGACUAUUGGUUUUAUGACCUCCCACAUACUCCAUUUCUUAUUUUUAAAGGUAUUAAUAUCCUUGUGAAGUCCAAAGCAUUCCAGUAUGCCAUGUAUGUUGUAAUUGCUGUAAAUGGAGUUUGGAUACUGGCAGAGACACUCAUGAUUAAAGAUGGUGCCUUUUUCCUUAGAAUUGUGCCCUGGAGUUACAUUGUAUUUCUCACAAUUUAUGGGGUUGAAAUGCUGCUGAAAAUUACUGGACUAGGACCAUCUGAAUAUUUUACGUCUGGAUGGAAUCUGUUUGAUUUCCUGGUCACCAUAUUUGCUUUUGUUGGAAUAGUGGUUCUAGCAUUUGAUAUGGAACCAUUCUAUUUCAUUGUCAUAUUGAGACCACUUCAGCUGCUAAGAUUAUUUAAGAUUAAACGAAGAUACAGAGAUGUUCUGGACACAAUGUUUGAAUUGCUUCCUAGAAUGGCCAGUUUAGGGUUAACUCUCUUGAUAUUCUACUAUUCAUUUGCAAUUGUGGGAAUGGAGUUCUUUGCUGGUGUUCUCUACCGUAACUGUUGCAAUAAUAGCAUGGUAGCAGAUUCCUAUCGUUGGGAAAAUCGGACUGUUGGCAACAGAACAGUGAUACAGGGCUAUUAUUAUCUCAAUAACUUCAAUAACAUCUUGAACAGUUUUGUAACUUUAUUUGAGUUGACUGUCGUAAACAAUUGGUAUAUAAUCAUGGAAGGUGUGGUGUCUCAGACUUCUAAUUGGAGCCGUAUUUACUUUAUGACCUUUUAUAUUGUAACAAUGGUUGUGCUUACUAUUAUUGUUGCCUUUAUUUUGGAUGCCUUUCUGUUUCGAAUGAACUAUAGUAGAAAAAAUAAAGAUGAGGAAGAUGAAAAUGGAAUUGUUUUUGAAACUGAGGUGGAGAAAGUGGAGAUUGAUAGACUUCUUGAAUUCAACAAACAGAAUGGUUCUCCAGCUUCUGAAAUCGCAGGGCUUUUUAAAUUGUCAUCCAGAAUGGCAAAGAAUGAUCAACUUAAAAUGGUUUUCAUUGGCAGAAGAUUAAGAACUAAAAGUGACCUGAGUAUUAAGAUGUAUGAAGAAGAAAUUCAGGAAUGGUUUGAAGAGCAUGCUCGAGUAAACCAAACACUUCGUGACCAGCCACUGGAAUGUAUUUUGAAUUCUAGCACUCAUCUGCCUUCUGCAGAACUACGACAACGAUCUCAGACUGUAACUUAAAAACAUAACCAACUUGUCCACUAUGCAAUAAUUAUUCAGUAUUAUUUUGUAUCUAGUGAUUUGCACGUAUGCACUUGACCUACUGCGUUGGCAGAAUCCCGAUUUCUGGAAGGGGCUAGACUGCUAGGGGUAUGGUAGCCACAUUACUCAAAAAUUCUGAUCUGAUCACAUUCAUCUGUGGUUAAGUUCUAUUUGUCAGAAGAUAUGUACUGUUAAGUCUUUAACAUUACAUUAAUAUUAAGCUUAUAGCUGUUUUAUUUCAUACUGGAUUUUAUAAUCUUACUCUGUGGAUAGCUGAUAGCAGUAUUUUAAUAUAAAACCCCCACAACCAGUGUUUUUUUAAAAAUCACAUCAAUUCUCAGUAUGUCUUUAAAAUGUACUGUACAUAAUUCUUUUGCCUGAGAAAUCUAAUUCUCAGUGGUUCUUCUAUUUGUAAGCCAUAGUAUUAAAAACAGGGAGCAAGGUGAACCUAAAUGGAACAUUAGUCUAACCUUAAUAUUGAACUGGUGUGACAUCGGAGGCUGUUGCCACUACAUCUGGGAAUAUAUACUGUACUAAGGUUUCAAUUUGUAUUUUUUGGAAGUUCUGUGAUAGUGUUAUUAUGUUUUUAAUUGUUCCAUAAAUUUACACUAAAUUCAAGCCUGCUUAGUGCUACACAUCAAAUGUUUUCAAUUUGCAGUGCUCCUCUGAUUGUAACACGUGUUUUUGCAAAAUUCUGUUUGUGUAAACAUUCUGCUGUUUCUGAUUCAUUUGUCUUAAAUUAGUUGAUCAGAUUUACUACUGAAUUACCUGAAGAAUUGCUUCCUUAAUUAUUGUUUUUAUGUUUAUAAUGUUAUAGUGUAUUAGUGAAGCUCACAGGAGUAACCCAGUUAAGUUAUUCAUUUGGGUACAAAGUGCCAUUUACAGCUACCAAAAGUGUAAUGAAUGAUAAAAUGAUAAUGCUGAACUGGUUAUUUACUGUUCAAGAGAAAGGAUGAAAGGCCUUUCACAGUAGUAGCAUAAACCUUUUGCAAAUUUGUUUGAUGAAGUAACAAUAGAAAACAUGAUCAGAUAUUCUACAGGUCAUUCUGAAGGCACACAAGGGGCAGGAACCAGAAAUGAAUUAAGGCAUUAUUUUGGGCCAAAUGGUCUAAUUCUGCUCCCAUGUCUUAUGGUCUUAAUGAAGGAAUUUUCUCUCUUGCAUUACCCAAUAACAGUGAGAUAUCAUGGCAACAGUGCAGAUUGUGUUAAGUUUGAAAAUGACCAAGCAAAGUGACAUUUUUUGUCAUCUUUAUUUGUGAACUUAAGAUUUAGACAAUGUGAUGAUAAAAAUCUAAACAUAAUUACCUUUUGACAAUUUGGUGACAGUUUAGUAAAUUGCUAAACUAUGACAGCAAAUUCCAUAGAUAAUAAAUAAUUGAAUUCAGUUCCAUGUGUGGGUAAUUAUCAAGAAUUGUUUGUUCACAAAAAAAAUGUAAUCUCAUCAAUUCAAAACAUACAGUAUUAUGCCAUAAGCUGUAAAUUAGAUGGCUGCAGCAAUUAAUGACUUAAUUUAUUUAUACAGUAUUGUCAAUAUUAACAAAAAAACAAGUCACAUAUAAUGGGAGGAGUCAUCUAUAAAUAUUAUUUUCAAAUCUGGAAUUAUGAAUUCAAAUUUACAGUCUAUUAAUCAUUUAGAUGUUGAUUUCUGAUGCAAAAUAUUAACCUUAAGACCCAAGAGCACAAUUGGUCUAUUUGGCCCAUUGAGUCUACUCAUUCCAUCAUAGCUGAUUUAUUAUCCUUCUCAUCCCCAUUCCUUAAGUUAUGUCUGCAACUUUGGCACCCUUACUCAUCAAGAACCAGUCAAGCUCCAUUUUAGAUACACCAAAUGACUUGGCCUUCACAGCCUCUGUAGCAAUGAAUGCCACAGAUUCACCACCUUCUGACUAAAGAAGUUCCUCCUCAUCUCUGUUCUAUAGGGUUAUCAGGAAACAUCCUCUGAACCAGGGGUUCCCAAACUAGGGUCCAUGGGAUUAAAAAUGGUUGGGAAUGCCUGUUCUACGUGUCCAGCUUUUUCAAUUUUCAAUAGAUUUUAAUGAAAUCCCCCCCACCCCCC